AUUUGUGAAGAUUAUUAAUCGAUAAUCAUAUUGUUUGGCAAAAUCAUGUCGUUGGAAACGAUUAAGACCUCAUGGAUCAAGUUUGGAAAGUGUCGAGACUUUGUCCUGGUCGGUAAGGACACGAUCGCGAUGGCCUCCGGUAUCUAUAUCCGUUUCCAUGAAUUUGGAUGCAAAGAAACACGAGUGGAGCGAUUCGACGGCGGUGAGAGAGGAGACGGUGCGUGUUGCCUCGCUGGACUUCCGGUGGCAUCGAUUUUCUCCGUGGUCGAGAGGAAAUGCAAUCCAAGGAUCUCGGUGUUCGCUUAUCCCACGAUGCGAAGGAUUAGUCAGUGCACCGGAAGCGAGGAAAAGAUUGGCUACUUGUGCUGCGCGUUUGCUGGUACUGAGUAUCUGAUUGGUCAAGGGACUUACCCUGAUUUUUGCUUGUUACUCUGGAAUUGGAGAACGGGUGAACAAUUAACAAAAAUAAACGGGAUGGACGUGACAAAAUUUGAUAUUAAUUGCACAAGAAUCACGUGUUCGACUGACUCCUCCCAGCUGAUGACACAAUUCGUGACAUCCACCGGUAUGCUAUCGGUGUAUCGGGUGUUGGCCUGUUCGAAAACUGUUCGCCUCUUUCCAAUCGAAACUUGUUUCGAACGCAUCCCAGUCUCUUGUUCCUGGUUUAUGAAUGGAAGCUUGCUCUGCUGCGACGAGUAUGGCACCGUUUGGUCCAUCGAUUUUGAAGAGAAACAUCGGAUUCGAACGGUGGUCCAAGCUUCUUCCUUCGAUCAUGUUCCUUUAGACAAGAAUCCUAACCUAAUUUGUCACGCCGAUGGCGUGUUACUCGUAUCUACGUCGAAUCAUCGCAUCCAAGCGACGUUUUAUAGGAAAUCGCGAAAAGAUCGAAACGACGAGUGGAAAACAGCUUGGAAGACUUCGUUGCCUUCGUAUCCGAGACACGCGGAAAGUGAUCCAUCUCACGAUAGGAUAUUAAUCCUCGGAGAAAAUGGAGAUCUUUAUGAAUUGCUUGACGCGUUAAGCGAUAAUCCUCGACUCGAAUUUUUAGUAGUACGAAAGAAUGUAAAAUACGUUAACAUAGUUUCGUUGCAAAAAUCGUAUUUAGGAACUUUGGAUCGAAAUGAUCGAUUUGCGAUUCUCGAUGUUAAGAUUGGCAAUCUUGUUUGUCCGUCUACGCUAUUGGCGCAUCAUGGUAAAGUUGCCGACUUGGUCUCGCAUCCUGUUUUACCGAUUACGGUAAGCUGCAGUUUCACGGGAAAUUGUCUUCUGAUCGACUCGUCGACGAUAACGCAUGGUUCAAGAAUCGUCACUUGCGUUCAUCUUCAACGAGAAGCCUUGGAUCGCGUUAAAUUUUCCAAAGAAGGUCGUUUAUUUGGCGUUGCCUCGUUUCAAAUCGGUCGAUUGUUUCUUUUACAAAUAUGCAUCGUCUCGAACGAGUCCAAGAAGCACAUGAGAGUGGCAUCUUGGUUACAACUCGAACGAAAGAUGAUCGAUUUUCUGAUCUACGAAAUGGACGAAGAUCGUUCCGCGAAGGUAUUGUGUCUCGUUGGAAACGAAAAAUCAAGCGAUCCUCGUGCAGGAAACGAGAUUAUCGUGUACUCGUGUCGAUUAUUCGACCGAGAUCUCUGCGUCGAGAACGCGGAUCGUUCGAUCAAGCUUCUCUCUUCCUUCGAACGCAUUCACCACGGAAGAGAAUCGAGUCGCGAGAUAAUCGGAAUCCCGUAUCUCACCAAACAAUUGCAUCGAAUCGAAUUGAAGGCAAAUUUUGAAGAUACGCUUCUCGUAGAAGCUCUACCGUCGCUUCACCAAACCAGAGGGAUCACGAUCUCCUUUCAUCGCCCAAAAUCUCGCGAUUCUCCAAAUCUGAUCACCUGCGGCUUCGAUGGAUUGGUCGUGCGCAGAGAUUGUGACGAGCUAAGACGAGUAUUUAACUUGUUCGCCGCGCAUCAUCGAGCGGAAGGUGGCUGUCGAUUCGCCUCGCUCGUCGACGACUCGCUCGUCUCCCUGGGAAGGAACGGGGAUCUGGUCGCCAACAGGAUUCUUGGACGUGAUGCGCGAGCUUCGACCAGCUGCGAAGGGAGAAAAAUCGCACAGGUGGACACGAUCGAGGUAGAGGAGGAAGAGACGUGGAUCGAAGGGGCGAUUCGCAAACGGUCGAUGGCCGAAGAGAGAGAAACGACGCGUCUCUCUGUUCUUAAAGAUUGGAACGAGUUGAAGAGUCGGGUGAAAACGUUGCUCGACGAGAACGAGAAGUCGCCAUUGAGUACUCGCCUUCCGAUAUCCGCGUUCGAUGUGAACAAGGAGGGUCGAGAACUCGCGCUGGAAGCGGCCAAGGCAAAGGAGAGACGAUUGGCGAGAGACGCGGAGGGGCGAAUCGCGCAAUUACAACGCUCGACCUGUUACUUGCGCGAACGAUUCCUGGAUCCAUUAAUUGUUCGACCGAGAAGCAUUUAUUCGUUCUUCGAUCGAUCGAAGGUUACCAAUUAUCCUCUUAUGCAAUUAACGCCUCGAGAGGCGGAAUUUCCGUCGCCGUUUCGAUUCUCGACGGACAUCAGGGAACUGGUAUCCAGGUUGAAGAAAGAGGAGAAUCCACAAACGAUGGACGAGAACGGGUGGAAUAAUUGUCACGACUUCGUGGACGUUUUCGAAACUUGUAUUGUUACGGAUGAGUGGGAACGAGAAUUGAAGGAAAAAUUCAACGAACGGUUCGAGGGAAUACGAUUCGCGAAGCAAAGGGAAAUGAGAGCGUUAACCGAACGCGCGAAAGAAGCAAAACGUCUCGUUCUUGAAUUGAAAAGUGCGUUCAACGUGGACGCGAAUUCGAGCCUCUUCGAAGCACCGGAUUGGCAUCGAAAGGAGAUAUUGGAAGAUACUUUCGAUCGAGACGAGGAACCAAACGAUUGCGCUCAACCGAAUAAAUUGGACGAAAAUAUUGGUUGCGAAGGAGCAUCCACAGAGUCGAAAGUUGAAGAUUUUUAUCAGAAGGCGCUCGACAGAAUGAUGGAUGGUGUUCUAGAAGUUAGAUUGGAACAUAAUGCGAAGAGAAGAAUUCGAAGGCCGGAUUGCUUUCGAAAAGAUCCUUCCGCUUAUACAGAGGAAGAUAUUCGUUCGAUCGAAUCGUACGAGGAGAAGAUUCGCGCUCGAGGAAUUGAUCGAGCAAAGUACAAAUUGAUGUUAGAAUCUGAAAUCGAAAGGCUCAGAGAAUUCUCGAAGGGUGUGAAAUCUUUUGACGACGAGCUGAACGAUUUGGCCGCGGAAAAGAUACGAGUCGAGCGAUCGAUACUCUCGCAGAAGCUGUUCAAAAUGCAAGAAAUUCUUCGGCGAAGAAAAAUCGUUGAAACGAAACGUGAAAUUCGACGCGUCAUCGACGAAGAAUUAAUUUCAGCGACGGAGGAGGCGCGUAUUUUUGCCGAGGAGCGGGAUUUGUUCGAGGCGGGUGUCGCCGAGCUGAGAAUCGGCUACGAAAAUGCGCGGAAACGGGACAAAUUGCUCGAGGAUAAAUUUCGAUUUGAAUUCAAAGAGUUGAAGCCAUCGAUGGUUGAGCACCUGUUUCGACAAUAUCGGAAGAGACCGAGGGUGUUGGCUGGUGGGCCAUGCGGCACGUCACCCGCGUUCCUCGCCGAAUUCGUUCUUUGCGUGGUCGAACGACGAAACUCGGAUCUCUUACCUCGAGAAUGCUCCAACUACUUGCGAGCGAUCGAUGAAUUGGAGGCAAUGCCGGAAGGAUUGCCGUGUCGAGUCGAGCCUGAUCAUUGGCGCCUUCUUUGUCGUCUCAGAAGGCUAAAAGUGGAAGCGGAGACAAAGGUGAACAGUUGCGCGAUCGAGCUGGCAGAAGCGGAACAGAGUCUGGCGUUUCUGCGAAACGUGUGCUCCGCGAGUCGAGACAAAGUCGAACGAUGCAAACAGAAACUGGAACACUUGGAAAAAUCUGUAUCCGAUCUAACCGAUGAUCGAGAAAUCGCAUUGCUUUUGAAAAUGGAACAACUUCGAAUUAGAGCUAAGGGUUGUCCGAGGUCCGAUUGGCAGGAUGCGGUUGUAAUAUCGAAGGAGGAAUUGACUCGCGUAAAUCAAGCGAUCUCGAAGGCCGAGCGAGAAAGAUCGGCCGCCCAACGACGACUCGCGAAUAUAAAGGACCUCGUUUCGCUCGAGGAGUGGCGUCACGCUUGCGCGAAAAUGAGAAUGGAAGAAUUGCAGGAAAACGCGAAAGACCUCGAUUUAGUUAAAGUAAGCAGAAUUGUACGCGAAUGUUGCCAGCGUAUGGAGCGGGGAUCGUCGGCAAAAGAUGAGAAUGCUCGAAUUCAAAAUCUUCUGCGGGUCCAACAGGAGUGGCAUCGGGACGUGGCAGAGCGAAAAAAGGUCAGGUUGGAAAAGAUUACGAAGGAGAUACGGAUUUGGCAACGAAGAAACGCUUGUUCCGAGAUAAAGAUUAACCAAUCGUCGAUUCGAAGAGACGAGUUUAUUACCGCGUUACGAGAUCCGCUGCGAUUAAACGUCGCCGCUUUUAGAACGCGUAAAAUCCGAGCGAUAAGAAAAAGGGCGCGUCUCGCGCGCCAGAUUCGAGACAAUUUCGAACGAUUGUCUAUUCUUAAAAAUAUUUUAGAGAUUUCUAAGUUGCGAACUUAUCCAACUUUAAAGUUUAAACUUUAAUGCAUGGAUAUUGAUGUAGAGAUAUUAAUAUGAAAAAAUAGGAUGGCAUAUUAGCAAAAUAGUUAUAUAAUUUUAUUUAUAGAUAUGAAAGUUUCAAAUAUGCAAUUUCGAUUUAUUCUUAACGAACUAUCGAGAAAAAACAAUCAGAAUCGCAUCCCUUAUCUUCUCUCCAACUCACUCAUUGUGACACGUAAAUAUGUAUGUAUAUAUUAUCUGGAUAAACUUCAACAUAUACUUCGAUAAUAUUAAAUUUAUUUAUUCUAAUUAAUAUAUAUUACCCUGUUAUAUAUUUACCUUUUUAAGAUCACAAGGAUUUCCCCAAGUUGAUAAUAUUAUGGGAUUCCCCGAAUACAUUAUUCGUCUUUUCCUCUUUGCUGAAGGAAAAAAACAAUUUUCCUUCGGUAUAAACAGCAAACGCGCUCACUCUCUCUCACGAUAACACAACGCAGGAAUGAUAAAUGACAGAGAGUGCACGGGUCAAGCGGCUUAUCAAGCCGCUUGUUU